ACAUACUCAGCAACUUAGUUUCCUCCAGCUGGUGCUAUUUAUCCAAUUAACCGCCAUGGCUGCUCCUCGCUCUCUCUUCAUGUGCUUUGUGGUUCUUACAGCUAUCGUUCUCCCUUCAUGUGCACAGCUGGUGCCUGAUUUCUAUGAUCAAGUGUGUCCUCAGGCCUUACCAACCAUCAGGACGAUUGUUGAACAGGCUAUUGAACGUGAGCCCCGCAUGGGAGCAUCUUUACUUCGUUUGCACUUUCAUGACUGCUUUGUCAAUGGUUGUGAUGGCUCGGUUCUUUUAGACGACACCCCUGACUUCAUCGGAGAGAAGACAGCAAAUCCCAACAACAAUUCGAUUAGGGGCUUUGAGGUAGUAGAUGAAAUCAAGGCAGCUGUUGACUCGGUUUGCUACGGCAAUGUGGUCUCCUGUGCUGAUAUCUUGGCUGUCGCAGCUCGAGACUCUGUAGCUACGUUGGGAGGUCCAUCAUACCAAGUAUUAGUGGGCAGAAGAGACUCAAGGACUGCCAGCAGAGACGACGCAAACAACAACAUUCCAGCCCCUUUCCAAGACUUCCAGGAUCUCCUCUCCAAAUUCAACCAACAAGGCCUAAGCCUGGAGGACCUUGUUGUCCUCUCAGGCGGACACACCAUUGGUCUUGCCCGCUGUUUCAGCUUCAGGGAUCGGAUCUACAACGACACCAACAUAGACUCUGGUUUCGCAGGCUACCUGCGCACUAUUUGUCCACAAUCCGGAGGUGACGACGUCACCCAGCCACUUGACGAUACAACAGCAGAUUUCGAUACCGUCUACUUCUCUAAAUUACUGCAAACAAAAGGUCUUCUUCACUCGGAUCAACAACUUUUUAAAGGUGAUGGUAGCGCCAGUGACGGCUUGGUGAGGUACUACAGCAACAACCCACAAGCUUUCUGGGCUGACUUCGGCGUUGCUAUGAUCAAGAUGGGGAAUAUAAAGCCUCUCACCGGAACUGAUGGUGAGAUCCGGAUGAAUUGCAGGAAAAGGAACUAGGAUCAAUAAUUAAUAUCGUCUUCUACAAUUUUCUUGAUCACUACUAGUAGUUAAAGCCAUAUAUACGAAUUAAUAAUUAGAAGAAGCCUCUCACAGCCGGAGCUCAAUGCAUGGGGCCAUAUUUUGUUGAAGACCCAAGAUUCUGGACAGUCUGUAGAAUUCUUACCUUUCGUGUAAUCUUGUGUAGUGUGUACCUAUAUCCAACUCGUCUAUGUUUUCUAUAUUGAUUAAUCCCUUUUCAGUAUAAUUAUCGUAGAACAAAGGCUCGAGAGGAUCUGAUCAAUUAAA